CAUGUCUUCCGUCUGGAUGGCGAAGCGAUAUUGAAAGCAGUUAAGACUUGAGUUCAACUUUUAAACUGAGUUUGUGUGUUUGUGUUUAAGUGCGCUUUAUUGAUCCUGUGGGUAAACACAAUGUCUGCCUCCGCUAUAUUUGUGCUGGAUCUGAAGGGGAAGGUGUUGAUAUGUCGGAACUACAAAGGCGAUGUGGACAUGGCGGAGAUUGACCACUUCAUGCCUUUACUCAUGCAACAUGAAGAGGAAGGCCUUGUCAGUCCUGUAAUGUCACAUGGCAGUGUUCACUUCAUGUGGAUCAAACACAGCAACCUGUACUUGGUUGCCAUCACAAACAAGAACUCCAAUGCCUCCCUUGUGUACUCAUUUCUCUACAAAGUAGUCGAAGUGUUCACAGAGUACUUCAAAGAGCUGGAGGAGGAGAGCAUUCAGGAUAAUUUUGUGGUUGUGUACGAGCUACUGGAUGAGCUGAUGGACUUUGGAUUCCCUCAGACUACUGACAGCAAGAUCCUGCAGGAAUACAUUACUCAGGAAGGGGCCAAGCUUGAAGUGGCAAAGAGCAAGGUGCCCACAACAGUCACCAACGCCGUCUCCUGGAGGUCUGAGGGUAUCAAAUACAAGAAGAACGAGGUCUUUAUUGAUGUCAUCGAGUCCAUCAACGUACUGGUGAAUGCUAACGGCAGUGUGAUGAGCAGUGACAUUGUCGGUAGCAUCAAGUUGAAGACUAUGUUGUCUGGGAUGCCUGAACUGCGGCUGGGCCUCAACGAUCGAGUGCUCUUUGCCCUCACUGGACGUGACAAGGGGAAGACAGUGGUGAUGGAGGAUGUGAAGUUCCACCAGUGCGUUCGUCUCUCGCGCUUUGACAGUGACCGAACGAUCUCCUUCAUCCCUCCAGAUGGGGAAUCUGAACUCAUGUCCUACCGCAUCAACACUCAUGUUAAACCGCUGAUAUGGAUCGAGUCAGUCAUAGAGAAAUUCUCUCACAGUCGAGUGGAAAUCAUGGUUAAGGCAAAGGGACAAUUUAAAAAACAGUCUGUGGCAAAUAAUGUGGAGGUGAGGGUCCCUGUCCCCAGUGAUGCUGACUCACCCAAGUUCAAAACCAGCACAGGAAAUGCUAAAUAUGUGCCUGAGAAGAACCUGGUGGUGUGGACCAUCAAGUCUUUCCCUGGAGGUAAAGAGUUUCUAAUGAGGGCUCACUUUGGUCUGCCCAGUGUGGAGAAGGAUGAGAUGGAGGGCAAACCUCCCAUAACUGUCAAAUUUGAAAUCCCAUACUUCACAGUCUCAGGAAUACAGGUGCGAUAUAUGAAGAUCAUAGAAAAAAGUGGUUACCAGGCAUUACCGUGGGUCCGCUACAUUACACAGAGUGGAGAUUACCAGCUGCGGACCAAUGUGUAAAACCUGAGGGGAUACUGUAUAUGACUUCCAGAGGAGCAUCAAAUGAUCACUUUAAUAACUGGACUGAAUGAAUGUCUUCAAAUUUCACCUUCUCUAUUUAAAUGUCACUGAUCUUGUUUUAUGAAAUAUGUGUUGAACAUGACUUGUGUUUUUUGAUUAAUAGACCAUUGCUAAUAAUUAAUAAUAAUUUAAAUGUCUGAUCCUAUUAUUACUUUUAAACAAUUUUGUCAGUUUCUUGUAUCCUUUUGUUGUUUAUUCACAAGUUUGCACCACCUUAUAAGUGAAGAUUUUGUCUUGACAUUGUAGUUAUGCAUUGUGCAAUCACAGUC